AUGCUCCUCCUGGUGCUGCAGCUGGCCUGGCUGGGUGGCGUGCUAGUAUCAAGGCCCGGUUCUCAAAAUUCGAUAGAAAUCAUCUUACCAGAGAAAGUCCAAGGAAGUGCACAAUCAAAAGAAGGAAAUGAAGUAGAAAAUGAGGAGGUAUCCUAUAUUAUUCCAAUAAAUCAGAAACCACAUACGGUACACCUGAAGCAAAAAUAUUUCUUAGCCGAUCAUUUUGUGGUUUAUUUGUAUAAACAAGGCUCUGUGACUGCUCAUUCUUCAGAUAUUCCGGCUCGAUGCUACUAUCACGGCUAUAUUGAAGGAUAUCCAAGUUCUGUUGCCACCCUCAGCACAUGCUCUGGACUGAGAGGAAUGUUACAAUUUGAAAAUGUUUCUUAUGGAAUUGAGCCUCUGGAAUCUGCAGUUGAAUUCCAGCAUAUUCUUUAUAAAUUAGGGAAUGAAAACAAUGUACUUGAAAGUUUUAAUGAAAGAGGCAAAACCAUGGAAGAAAAUCAAGUGGACUAUAACAUUUUUAUAAGUAAAAAAUUAGAUGUACCACCACCUCCAAACUUGUUACCUCUGUAUCUAGAGAUGAUCAUUGUGGUGGACAAAAGUUUGUAUGAUUACUUGGGCUCUGAUAGAGUGAUUGUAACAAAUAAAGUCAUUGAAAUGGUCAGCCUUAUAAAUUCAAUGUUUACACAAUUUAACAUUACUGUUGUGCUAUCAUCAUUGGAGCUGUGGUCAGACAAAAAUAAGAUUUCUACAAAUGGUGAGGCAGAUGAACUCCUAAAAAGAUUUUUAGAAUGGCAGCAGUCUUACCUUGCCCUAAGGCCUCAUGAUGUUUCCUAUCUAUUAAUUUACAAGGAUCAUCCAAACUAUGUGGGGGCAACAUUUCCUGGAAAGAUGUGUGUUUCUCAUUAUUCUGUAGGAAUUGCACAGUAUUCCAGGGAAAUGACUUUGGAGGCGUUUUCAGUCACUGUCACCCAGAUGCUGGGGAUCAAUCUGGGAAUAUCAUACGAUGACCCACAGAAAUGCCACUGCUCAGAAGCUGUGUGUGUGAUGAGUCCAAAGGCUGUACAGUCCAGUGUUCUGAAGACUUUCAGCAAUUGCAGUCUGCGUGACUUUCAAGCUUUUAUUUCAAAUAUGGGUUCCAAAUGUCUUCAGAAUAAGCCACAAUUGCAAGUGAGAAACACAGCAGUCUGUGGCAAUGGCAAAGUGGAGGGAGAUGAAAUUUGUGACUGUGGUACUGCAGAACAAUGUGGAUCUAGUAGCUGCUGUAGUCCUGGAUUGUGUGUGCUGAAACCGACCUCAGAGUGUGACAGCUCGAAUCCCAGCCAUCGCUGCUGUGACGGUUGUAAAUUUGCAGCAGAGUCUACUGAGUGUAGACCUGUCAGGCAUCCUGAUUGCGACAUACCAGAGAAGUGUAAUGGAAGCUCAGGGUUCUGUCCGCCUGAUAUACAUGUACUCAAUGGGAACAUGUGCAAUGGGGAUAAGUAUUUUUGUCAUGAUGGAAUUUGCCAUGAUCUUGAUCAACGAUGUGAGAGCGUUUUUGGAACAGGUUCAACAAAUGGUCCAUUUUCUUGCUAUGAAGAAAUACAAAGUCAAACAGAUAGGUUUGGCAACUGCGGUAGGGAUCUUAGGGGAAGAUUCGCAUACUGUGGAUGGAGGAAUCUUAUAUGUGGCAGAUUAAUUUGUGCUUACGGCAGCCGAAAACCCUUCAUUCCUACUAACAAUGCCACUGCUGUGGUUUAUGCUUAUGUGCGAGAUACUAUCUGUAUAACUGCAGACUUUUCAGCAACUUCUAAUGAAAGGGAUCCUCUCCUACUCCGAAGUGGCCCUAUAUGUGAUGAUGGAAGGAUAUGUGUAAAUUUUGUAUGUGUAGAAGCACGAGGAUUGAAGGUCCAAGCAGAAACUUGUGCGCAAAGAUGCAAUGGAAAUGGAGUAAGUGUCACAGUGGAAGGAAUUUCUCCAAAAGCUGAGAAGAAGUGGCUCCUAGGUUUAUACAUCGGUUUACCGGCUCUCAUUAUGGCAACUCUGGUAGUCGUGGCAUGGAAUAAUUGGAAAAAGUGGUUUGCCAAGAAAGAGGAAUCCCAAAGUAGCAAAUCCAGAUCAGAAGAGAGUAUGCACACUUACACCAGCAGAUCCACAUCAGAAGCUAGUAGCCCAGCAAAUGCCACCAGGUAA